AUGUGCGAUUAUCAAAGUGGAUUGGUUUAUCAAUAUCAAAAUGUUACUAAUACUGCCACACAAAUUGAUAUUGCAGUUAUUUUAUUUUCAUUUUGUAUCAUUCUCAUGAAUUAUUUCAUAUUAUAUUUAAUAUUUCAAAUAUUUCUAUCAUCUCAUUUAAUAAGUAUUCUAAUUAUGAUUCAAAUAACAUUUGACACAUUAGUUUGUAUAUCACAAAUCGGUAAUAAAUUUUGCCCAUUUUUUCUAAUCACCUCAGAAAUGUGGAUCAAUAUUUUAGGCUGUCAUAUAUGGACAAGUGAAUUUUUAAAUAGUUUAUUUAAUACAUUUUGUAAACAAUCUAUGCUGACCAUGUUAAUUGAACGUUGUAUACUUAUAUAUUUACCAAAUAUAAACUUGUUAAAUUAUCCGAAACUAUUGUGUGGAUUAUAUUGUUUUUCAGUAGCAUAUAAUAUAGCUAGUAAUUUAUAUUUAAUUCUAUUAGUGAAAUUAGAUCAAACUGGUCAAUGUUUAGUCAUUUCUAAAAUGUCGAUCAGUAGUAGUGAUCGAUCAGAGUUGAUUAUUUUCAAUAAUGCUUCAUUGAUACUUGGUGAUAUUAUACCAUUAUCAAUGAUGAUCAUCAUGUUAAUAUUGAUAAUCUCGCAUGAAUAUAAAAUCAAAUUUGUUUCAACAGAUGCAAGUCAAAUUAAACCAGUAGAAAACCAUUUUAUUUUAUUAUUGGUUUUAUGGUCUAUACCAGAAAUUUUAAUAUCUAUAUUGGAUAUAUGUCAACAUAUAUGUGAAGAUCAUGUAGAAUAUGAAUCAAUAUGUGACAUAACCCAUCAUUGUUUAGAAUUAUUACGUUCAAUUAUAUUUAUUUUACAUUCUAUCAGUUUGUUUAUUCUACUAAAACCAAUGAGAACUGAAGCUUUAGUAAUUUUGAAAAAUGUUUCAAAGUUUCUGAAGAAAAUGUUUCAGAAAAAUUAA